UGCCCUUUAAUCAGCUCCUUGCUUUCUGUGAAAUUUUGAAGAGAUAUGCACCCAAAAUAGCCUCUCCAGUGAUAACACCGUAGAUAUACAGCAAUGCUUCUCAUGUGUAAACAUUGUUUUGAGGGGCUGGAGAUUUAGCUCAGCGGCAUAAGCACCUGCCUUGGAAGCAGGCAGUCGUCAGUUCGAUCCCUGGUACCGAUAAAAAUGAGAAAGAAAAAAAAAGACAAAAAAAAAAAAAAAACCACAUUGUUUUGACAUACAGUAAUAGGUUACUUAACAAUAGGGCGCAUUCUGAGGAGCAUGCCAACCUAUUUCAUUGUGCAAACAUAGAAUGUGUCACUAGUCGAUAAACUCCAGGAACAGGAUCCUCUGUGCAGUUUGCAACUGACAUAAUGCAGCUUACAGCUGUGCUUUCCUGUACCUUGGCUCUUUAAAAAGCAGAGCAUGGUUCAUGUUACAGGUCUUACAAUUUUAAUUCAUUCAGAUUUCAGCUUAUGCUUCAACUAGUUUAAAAUGGAAAAACAAUGUAAUGGUCAAUGUUACGGAUUAACAGCUGGUGGUCAACUUAACGCCAGCUGGAUCACAUCAGCGUGGCACUGAGCGAAGAUGCUCCACCUGAGGAAAGUUGCCAGCAUAAAUAGAUAGAGAAGGAGAAGGAGGUUGUUAAGGUGUUAAUGUGUUGUUGCGUUGAGGCAUUGUGGGUUCUCCUACAUGUUGCUGUUUGAGCCAUUGGUUCUCCUGGAGAAGCUCUGGUCCUCACAUCAAGCAUUGCUUCCUGACUCUGGAGGGGAAGACAUGUGCCAAUUGGUCACCAGGAUGUGCUCCUCAUGCUGGCUUCCUGGCCUGUACCCGACUGAGUUGUCAGUGGAGGAGCUUGGGGCCUCCGUGUCACUGAGGAUGGCUGUGGUGCCUUUCAGGAUCGCCCUGGUCUCUGUUUUGAGCGUGACUUCUCGGCUCCAGCAUAGAACCCUCAUUCCACCAGCACAGCUCCUUCACCCCGCUGGCAUAGACUUCCUGGCUUCCAUUGCUGACCUUUGGGCCUUCCGGGCACGGAUCCAUAAAAGAGACUGGUGUGAGUCCUCAUUGUGGGCUCUGGACCUCCAAUUACACUUAAACUUCAUAAAGGACACACUCAAUUUAAUUGAAAAUGUUAAGACUGCCCAAAAAAGGAUUGCCUAGAAUUGAUCAAGCUCAAGAUGAACAAACCUACCUUGAAAAUUUAGCAGUACAGAGAAAUGCUUCUGCUUUUUUUGAAAAUUAUGAUCGGAGUGAAAUACAAGAGUUACUGACUACAGCGUUAGCCAGCUGGUUGUCUACCAAAGAAGAUGGUCGCUCUCAGCUGGAGUUCCCAAGUGGAAUUAUGAGCCAAAUGAAUAAUGUAGGUUUCUCCACUGCCAUCCUGCUGAUGCCCGUGGACCCCACUGCCCUCUUAGACUACAGAGAGGUCCAUCAGAUCAUAAGGGAGUUGGCUGUUGGAAUUUACUGCUUCAAUCAAAUUCCUUCAAUCAGUUUAGAAGCUAAUUAUGACCAGAGUUCUUCCUGUCAAUUACCUCCAGCUUAUUUUGAUACCAGAAUUGGGCAAAUUCUGAUCCAUAUUGACUACAUGCUGAAAGCACUGUGGCAUGGGAUAUACAUGCCCAAAGAGAAACGAACCAGGUUCUCCGAAAUGUGGCGUACCAUCAUGGACGUUGAUCCAAAUGGGAAGCCUCAAACAAAUAAAGAUAUUUUUGCAGAGUUUAGUUCAGCAGGUUUGAUGGAUAUUACACAGGACCCAGACUUUGAUGGAAUCUAUGAUGAAGACCUGAAUGAAGAUCCAACAUAUGAUCCCAACAGUGCUGAAGAGAAAGCUGUGUUUAUGAAAUAUGCUGAACAUAUCCUGCUAAAAUUGACAUUCAGUACCACACAAGUUCAGCAGUGUGAAAAUAUCUUUAUAUUUGAAACAGCCUAUUGGCUUACCAAUGCUAUAAAAUGUACUCAGGAUUACCUUGAUGUUUGUACCUAUCAGAGACUACAGCAAAGAUUGUAUCUUCAAAUAAAGCUUAUUCAAAAACACUUUGAGAAGAAAAAAGAAAUCAGAAGAGGGAUAGGCUACCUGAAGCUGAUAUGUUUUCUGGUUCCAUUUUUACUAAGUUUGAAAAAGAAGAUGAAAGUUCCAUAUUUAAAUAGCCUGCUUCAGCCUUUUUCAGAUGACAAGGUCAAGACAGAGCGAGAACUGCCUCCGUUUAUUCAUGGACGAGAUUUUAAAUGCCAGAACUUUCACUACAAAGAGAAUCAAUAUUUUCAUGUUCAUGGAGGAAUUGAAUUUGAUAUCACCACCCCUUCAAUUGAGAAUGCUUUGGACGAUUUUAAGAGCAAUUUAGAAAAAAUCCGGCAAUGUGCUGCUAAUACAUUUGCAGAAGAUUUCGGAUACAGAGAAUAUUACUCAAUACCAGUCAUGGAAUUUUGCGGAAAAAGCUAUUACGUGAUCUAUUUUGAACUGGAAAUUUUCUAUCAGCAACUCUAUAAGAUACAGUGGUGGGGAGCCAUCAAUGAAAUAAUGGACACUUUGAGAGUGAAGCGACUUCCACUGACAGAGGCUCAAUUACACGAACAAUUUAAGAAAAAAUUUGGUCUCAAAAAAGCUAUGAAAUGCAAGAGCAUACCAUUUGGUCUGAAGUCUGCUGUCGAGAGAGGAUUGUCUGCAGUCUUCCACACAUUUAGCCGAAAAACCUCCAGCUCCACAAUCAACGUCUCAGAUGAGGCGGGCUAUGCCAUCUUCCACCACGCCGCCCUCCACAACAGGAUUUCCAUCAUCUGUCACCUGUGCGACGCCAACUUCAACAUCAACCAGAGAUGCUUCAUUACGUUCAGCCAACGAGAGUCAUCCAAAAUGGACAUGAAAAAAGAAAGAACUGGCCCGACGCCUCUCCACCUGGCCGCACAGGCUUGCUCACUGGAAACCAGCAUCUGUCUGCUUUCUUUCAAAGCCGAUUACACACUGUCUGAAAAGAGAGGCUGGAUGCCAAUCCACUUCGCGGCUUUCUAUGACAAUAUCAGCAUCAUCAUUGUUCUCUAUAGGAAGGAUCCUACUGUGCUAGAAGCAGAGGCCACCGCUGAGAAUCAGUGUACUCCACUGUUACUUGCGGCCACUUCGGGAGCUCUGGACACUAUUCAAUACCUGUUUUCCCUCGGUGCUAACUGGAGAAAAACAGAUACUAAAGGAAACAAUAUAAUUCAUUUGUCUGUACUAACUUUUCACACGGAGGUACUUAAGUAUAUAAUACAAUUAAAUAUUCCUGAACUCCCAGUUUGGAAAACUUUAGUAGAAAUGUUGCAGUGUGAACACUUUAAGCGAAGGAUGAUGGCGGUCAUGUCCUUGGAAGUAAUCUGCUUAGCGAAGGAUAAAUACUGGAAAUGUAUUUUGGAUGCAGGCACCAUUCCUGCCUUAAUCAAUCUGUUAAAAAGUCCCAAAAUAAAAUUACAGUGCAAAACCGUUGGGUUAUUGAGCAAUAUCUCAACCCAUGCAAGCGUUGUGCAUGCCAUGGUAGAGGCGGGUGCCAUUCCAGCGCUGAUCAACCUCCUGGUUUCCGAGGAACCUGAGCUGCACUCUCGCAGUGCUGUCAUUCUGUACGACAUCGCUCAAUAUGGAAAUAAGGAUAUUAUCUCCAAAUACAAUGGAAUCCUAGCUCUGGUAAACCUCUUGACGUUAAACAUAGAAAACGUGCUAGUAAAUGUAAUAAACUGCAUACGAGUAUUAUGUAUAGGAAAUAAAAAUAAUCAAAGAGCAGUGAAAGACCAUGGUGGAAUCCAGCACCUUAUUAGAUUUCUGAGUACUGAUUCCGAUGUGUUGCAGGCCUCGGCCGCCGCUGCGAUCGCCGAGGUCGCACGCGGCAAUAAGGAGGUGCAGGAUGCGAUGGCGCAGGAAGGAGCGGUUCCUCCCCUGGUGGCGCUUUUUAUAGGAAAACAGCUUAGCGUCCAAAUCAAAGGUGCCAUGGCUGUGGAGUCGCUGGCCAGUUACAACCCUCCCAUACAGAAGGCCUUCCUGGAACACCAAUUAACCAAGUAUCUGUUAAAACUCCUGAAGGCGUUUCAAAUAGAUAUUAAGGAACAAGGCGCCGUGGCGCUCUGGGCUCUGGCAGGACAAAGCCUGAAACAACAGAAGUACAUGGCCGAGCAGAUCGGAUACAACUUCAUAAUCAACAUGCUCCUGUCGUCCUCCGCCAAAAUGCAGUACGUGGGCGGCGAGGCGGUCAUGGCUCUGAGCAAGGACAGCAGGACGCACCAGAAUCAGAUCUGCGAGGGCAACGGCAUCGCGCCGCUGGUCCGCCUGCUGAGGGUGCACAAGAUCGCGGAAGGCACGCUGCUGAGCGUCAUCCGGGCCGUGGGGUCCAUGUGCAUCGGUGUAGCCCACACAAGUAACCCCAUUAGUCAACAAUUUAUUGUGGAUGAAAAUGCCUUUCCGGUGCUUAUGCAACUGCUGAGAGAUCAUCCUUCACCUAACAUUAAGGUUGAAGUGGCGUUUUCCUUGGCAUGCAUUGUUCUCGGGAAUGAUGGCUUACAGAAAGAAUUACAAGAAAUUGAAGGGUUUAAAUAUUCCGAUGUGCUCUAUCUUCUUUACUCACCCAAUAAGGACAUUUGCUUAAGAGCAGCCUAUGCUUUAACCCUUUUUGCCUUCAAUAACCGCUUUCAACAAUACUUAAUACUGGAAAGUGGGAAAAUCACCCUGGCUAUUUUUGAACCUUUUCUUGAAUCAACAGUUGAAACUGAGCAGGCAAUGGCAGCAUUUCAGAUUAUUGUAUUAGCCAAAGUCAUCAUAGAUGUGGACCAUAUUACCUUGUCUGCAAGAGGUGUUACUAUUCUGGUAAACAGUCUGUACUCGAAUCAGUAUCCUACCAUUGUCUUAACAGGGAAUUUAAUAGCGAGCCUGGCCCACUCUAGAGCUGGAAUUCCAGCCGCAUUUACCACAUUAGGAACAGUGCAAAGACUCUGCUACCACUUGUACUCAGGAAGAGAAGAGGUUCGGACAGCGUGCUCCUGUGCUCUUGGAUACCUAACUUACAAUGCACAUGGUUUCCGCAUUCUGUUAAAAGAAUGCAGGAAUAAACCCAAUCAGUUCCUUCGUAUAAAAAACAAUAUCAGCAGAGAUGCAAGUAUUAAUCCAGCAUUUUUAAAGGAAUUUGAAAUGCAGCAAAUGGUUGGACUUCCUUCUUUAAGUCUGGAGAAGAAUGGAGGUCCUUCCAUACAUCCUGUCUUCAAAAAAGGGAAAAAGCACCGAAGAAAAGCAAAACCUAAAAUUCAACCAAAAGAUUCUCUGACAUUAAUUCCUCCUGUAACUAACUUCAUGGGACUCUUCAAAACAACAAAAAAGAGCAAAGUUUCCGAUAACAUUUUUUCUUUUUCAUCUGCAAUAUCGUCAGACAUCAUCAGUGUAUCAAGACCAAGAAUAGUUUGUUUGAACCAACUUGGGAAACAGGAAAAGAAAGCCAACCCAGAGCCUGGAGAAAGCUAAUUAAAAAAAUCUUAGUAUGAAAAGAUUCUGAACAAUCUUCUAAAAUGUUUAAAACUUUUUUUUAGUAUGGUAAAAUACAUAUAAUUAAGCAAUC